AAGUGCAGAGGUAUCAAUAAAUCUUGAUCAAGUUCUUGAUCAAGAAUUUUCAAGAAAAAAAAUCUUUAAAGAACUUGUGCAGAUUUUCUUUUUCUGCAAGACGUGGGUUUUGUUCUCGCCCGGCUCAAUCUCUUGUUUGAACCAGGUCGUCCAAAAAGAAUAGUUCAGUGGCUUUGAAUUUGAACUAUUUACUGACGAAAAAGUUUGGAAAUGAUCAAUGAAUAAUUUUCUUAACAUCAGUUUUGAGUUAAAUUAGAUUGUGACUGUGCGCAUAAGCUUCGUCUCGUUGAUGAGUCCAGUUAUCGAAACUCUUUUAAUUCAUAAGACUUUUCACAUUUUAUCACGUCGAAUUAUUUAUAGGGUGAAGGCCCUAGUCCACGAACUGAUUGUUCAGUACUGAAAUACUGACGAACCAGGCGUCCGUACUUACAACAUUCCUGUAUAUUAGUAUUGAUACUGACAAUUUUGAGCCAGUACUGGUCCAGUUUUUUUAAGAAAGCCUUCAGGAUCAGUGAGAAACAGCAUUAACCAAGCAUGUAGUCAGGAAUUUUCUACAGGGGUACGGAGGUGCUCGUCAUGGUGGAAACACUGUUUUGACUCAGCGAAAGUUUUUUUCAAUUCGUACGCUCCUUCCGGUAUUUUCUAUUCAAGCAGGUUCCGGAGUGCCCUGGCAACUCCUCUAGUGACGGCCUGGUACUAGGUUGACGUAAAAUCGAUGAAUCCGAUACUACUUCCUUCUUGCUGUUAUGCAUUUAUAGUUACUGUAUGAGUACAGUCAUACUGACGAUAAAGAAUUACCGGAUAUCAGUGCUGUAAAAUCAGUACGUACUCUAGGGAGGUAGGAGGCACGCGCUGAUGAGUAUUUUGGUGCUAAAUUCGAGACACUUGAGACAGGUUUUCCAAGUAUGCAGUUAGUCGCAAAGGAAGCUCUCUUGAGAUCGAUGACACGGUUUUGUGAGGCUAAGCCGUUCUGUAAGCAGACAAAAAGGUGUAGGAAGUGUUUAAUAUGUGUGUGACAGUUCCAUUUCAGCUCGAGGAAUUGGAACUGUUUGAACAGCUGCUAAUUAUUUAAAACAGAAGCUGGUUGAUGGAGUCGAGAUUACGAUUUUUGAUCAUCUCACAUCCAUUGGUAAUGUCUACUUUCAUUUUUACAGCAUUCCUAUGAACUCGCACACGUCCAAUCAGUCCCGAUCUGCGUUGUUUCCCUCCUGGCUUGUUGUACCAUUAGUAGUAUAUUCGUGUAAACAUUUUGCUGGAUUAGCAAUUUUAUUUACCAUGUAUCAAGUUAGCGAUAAAAUGCGAUUCAACCACUAGGCAAACGAAAAAUACUCCAGAAAUCCGGUACAAUCUACUCUUUUUAUUUUCCUUAUAGAUAUAAAUGACUAUCAGGAUCCUCAAAAUGAAAUAUCGAACUCCCAAAAUGAGAUGGAUUUUCCAAUAAUAUGGUUUGAUACACAUAUCGGUAAUAAAGAUUAUUGUACAGUAAAAAAAGAAUCUGGAAUGAUAGUCGAUCCAUUAACAGAAUGUGUGAAUAUACCAAGAGACCAUAAUGUUGAUAUUGACAAUCCGAUUCAUAUAUCAGCAGAAAAUGUUGAAGGCGAUUAUUACUCGAGAGUGAGGUCCCGUUUGGAUGAUCGCAACAUCUGCACAUUCUCUAAUCAUUUAACCGUAUGGUUAGACAAAUACACUGACGCACCAUGGCGAAAUUGUCCUCUGGCGGCAGUAUUUCAACGUUUCAUUCAACCAUUAAACACAUUGAGUGAAGAAGAAGCUGAAUUUGACUAUCCGAUCAUAGAUUCCGGAUUCCUCGAAAAACUAAAACACUGUGCUUAUUGUUUAAAACCCUUUUCAGAAGUUGAUGCCUGUCUCGCAUUCAUUCGUAAAAAUCGUGACAAGAAAAUUUUCUUCAUUUCAUCAGGCACUAUGGGCAAAUUGAUUGUGCCACAAAUUGCUGGUUGGCCACAGAUUCAUGGCAUAUACAUAUUUUGCGGCUCCAUCAAACAACAUGCACAAUGCUGGGCAAUGGACUAUGUCGAAUAUAUAUCGGCAAUGUUAGAUCAUCAAGACGAUUUGUUACUACGAACGACGAUAGACAUUAGCAAGUAUCUAGAGGACUGUGGCGAUGAUCAUAUGAUACUACUAGAGCCUUUUAAAGCCAAAUAUUGUUAUGCAUGGGGAAUUAAACUAUCAUUGCGUCAAGAAAAGUUGGGUGGUAAGUACUACCGAGAACAGCGUGCUCGUUUAAUGGGCAAGCUCGAUGAAGCAGAAACAACAGGUCAAAAGGAUUGA